AUGGCAGAGAGCUCCCUGUACACGCAGCGCCUAGAGGCCAUCGUGGGGCGGCGCAAGGUGCAGGAGCGGAUCCUCCGGACGCGCCGGGAGCUGGAGGAGGAGAAACUCCGAGCCCAGCAGCUCAAGAGGAAGUCACUGCGAGACCGGUGGCUGAUGGAGGGGUCGUGUCUGCCCCCCGAGAACAACCCCACCUCCCCACUAUGGCAGACACAGUCCCGCAUCCAGGAGCUAGAGCAGGAUCUGUCCAGCCUCCAGUCCCAGAUGCAGCAGCUGGAUAACCCGGAGCAUCCCGGCAGGCCACACGAGGCCUUGGAAGAUGCUAAGCAGCCAGCAGGGGGCACCUGUGAGGCCCGUGGGGCUGGCUCUGCUUCGACAGGUGGGGGGGGUUGUGGCUGCGAGACCGAACCUGCCCUCCGCCUGGCUCCAGUGCCCCCCAAGAGGGCCAUGCGAGCAGCAGCCCGGGAGACCCUGGAGAAUGGGGAUGUGUCGAGAGCAGGUCCCUUCGGCGUGGAGGGUGUUGGCCCUGGGGAGGGCAAGACUGAAGCCAGCUCUGCUGCUCUGGGAACUCAGGAUGACGGAGCAGGGGCGUCCGCCAAGCAGCCGGAGAAGCUGGGUGUGGGCAAGGUGGAGAUGAUCAUUAGAAACCACCUGGGCCAGGAAGUGGGCAGCAUGGACGCCAUCGGGCGGACAUCCCCGGAGACGGAGGGGGAAGCUCCCCGGGGAGAGAAUGGAUUGGAGGAGGCUUGGGACGGAAGGACCGAGCGGGAGCCGCAGAGCCCGCCCGCCCUUGUGAGUGACGCCCUGGACAGCGGGAUGGAGGAGAACGUGGCAGGGGAAGGGAGCAGAGAGGGGCCGGAGGGGGAAUCCGGGGUGCAGGAGCGGGAGGCGCAGGCCCGGCCGGAUGAGAACUGCUGCCUCGAUUCCCCGAGGCCCGAGCCGGACGGGGAGCUGGAGGAACCGAUCGGGGUCGUGGAAGAGGGGGAGAUCUCGGCUGAGCCUGCCAGGGGAGCCACGGGAAUGGAGGAGGCAGAGGCUGCCCAGAGGACUCAGCACAGGGCAGCAGAACCAGAGAGGCCGGAGGAGCUGGGACCCACCCAGGGGAGAGGCCCUAUGUGGCAGGAGCCUGCUAGGGAACAGGAGUGUCAGGUGUCCCCCGGGGCGGAGCUUCCCCAGGCUGCAGGGAUGGGGGAAGGAGCAGAGACAAAGGCUUAUUUGCAGGACCAGAUCCCCGCCCCCCAAGAGGCUAAAGGAGUCCCGCAGCACCAGAUCCCAGCUCCGCAGCACCAGAUCCCCUCCCCCCAAGAGGCUAAAGGAGCUCCGCAGCACCAGAUCCCAGCUCCGCAGCACCAGAUCCCAGCUCUGCAGGACCAGAUCCCCUCCCCCCAAGAGGCUAAAGGAGCCCCGCAGGACCAGAUCCCCUCCCCCCAAGAGGCUAAAGGAGCCCCACAGCACCAGAUCCCAGCUCUGCAGGACCAGAUCCCCUCCCCCCAAGAGGCUAAAGGAGCUCUGCAGGACCAGAUCCCAGCUCUGCAGGACCAGAUCCCAGCUCUGCAGGACCAGAUCCUCUCCCCCCAAGAGGCUAAAGGAGCUCCGCAGGACCAGAUCCCAUCAGUUGUCCAGGACCAGAUCCCUUCCUCUCUGCAGGAGGCUGAAAUAUCUAUGCAAAACCAGAUCCCAACUGUGCAGGACCAGAUCCCAUUGUCUCUGCUGGAAGUUAAAACAUCUCUUCAGGGCCAGAUCCUCUCACCACAAGAGGCUAAGGCAGCGCUCCAGGACCAGAUCCCUUCCUCUCUGCGGGACCAGAUCCCUUCCUCUCUACAGGAAGCUAAUGCAUCUCUCCAGGAUCAGAUCCCAUCAGCUCUCCAGAACCAGAUCCCAUCUCCCCAAGAAGCUAAAGUAGCUCUGCAGGACCAGAUCCCUUCCUCUCUGCGGGACCAGAUCCAAUCUUUGCGGGACCAGAUCCCUUCCUCUCUGCAGGACCAGAUCCCUUCCUCUCUGCAGGAAGCUAACACAUCUCUCCAGGAUCAGAUCCCAUCUCCCCAAGAAGCUAAAGUAGCUCUGCAGAAUCAGAUCCCUUCCUCUCUGCAGGACCAGAUCCCUUCCUCUCUGCAGGAAGCUAACACAUCUCUGCAGGACCAGAUCCCUUCACCCCACGAAGCUAAACAUUCAUUCCACAGCCAGAUCCCCUCCAGCCAAGAGCCAAUCCCUGCCCUUCACGGGGAGCUACCGCUUACCCCACGGGAGUUGCCAUCCGGCGGAGCACCCGCCCUGGAGCAGGUGCCUUCCCGACCCAGGGAGAGCAUGACCCUGAAAGGAGGCGGCGGCACUGGCCUGGUUCCAUCGACUGCAGAAGAAACCACCGAAAACCUGGGGAAGCUCCACCCGGAGCAGCAGCCUCUGCUCAAGGAAGCCUCUGGGCUCCGGACGGGCUGGAAGGAGCCACUCGAUCCCGUGGCCAGGAGCCUGCAGCCGGGAGCUGGCACCUUGAAGUCGCUGGCAGCUGUGAGCCCAGAGGCCCCGACAUACACCACCGCCUCUGCCAACACCGCCUCUCCCUGCCAGGGCAGGAGCGCCACCCCCCCCCGGCCGGGAGACGGGCAGGAGACGGGCAGACGCAAGCAGAAGACGUGCCAGUGCUGCUCUGUCAUGUGA